UCAAAUGAGCGUAAAAAAUGCAGAGAAUCCCAAUGCAUAGAUUCAUGUGCAUUUUCCUCAUACCUGAAUGCAGAGCGACUUCCCGAUUGUGCUGAUAUAAGUCUGGUGAGGCGCGAUGCGUUUGGAUGUCGGUCAGACGGCAGAUCGUCAGAGGAGAGCUGCAGAGUCCGAGUCUGUGAGAAGGAGCUACAGGGCCGCAGACUUUCUCUACAAGCCUUUCAAUUGGUGACACGUACCAACGCAUCUGUGCCACAGCUAUAGCGAUCAGCCGCCAUUACAGGACGCCAUGGCAGCAGGAGCUUUAGCACACGCGCCGGAACUUCGAGUUCUCUUGUUUGGAAAGAGCCAAAAUAAAAAGAACAUGCUGUCUAACCUCAUCACAGGAAAAAAAGAUUUCUUUUUAUCAAAACUGUCUCCAAACACCACAAUCACUAAAGGAUUGUUUCAAAACACUAACGUAACUGUGGUCAACACUGCCGACAUCUUCAGUCAGUCACAGGAAAAAGUGAAGCACGAGAUGAAAAAGUGCGUGGCUCUCUGCCCGCCAGGACCUAACAUCCUGCUGCUGAUGGUGAAGCCCCAUGACUUUAACGAGGACGACAGACAACGCCUCAAAUUCAUCCAGAGUUUCUUCGGACCCGAAGCCGGGAAGCACUCCAUAGUGAUCUUUUUGAACAAGGAGGAGCCAAAGACCCCAUCCAUUAACAAGCUGAAGCAAGACUGUGGAGGAAGGAUGCAGAUAGUCCACUUUGACAGGCAAGAUCUUCUCAAUAAGGACAUUAAAGAGCUCAUGGACAAGAUGACGGCGAUUGUAAGCAACACCAGACAAAGCCAUCUGAACUUCUCAGAGGGACUUGAAACCAAUAAAAGAACAUCUGCAACCUUUCAACCCCCUCUGAACAUAGUGCUUUGUGGGAGACAUGGAAUUUGGAAGAGUUCAGUUGCCGACGUGAUUAUGGGAAAAAACAAUCAACAAGCCCUUGACACAAGGCAUGCCAAGAGAGAGGCAGAAGUGUCCGGACGCCUGGUGUCUCUUAUCGAGAUGUCUGCCUUGUAUGGGAACAGCCCUCAAGUAACCGGUAAGAUCACACAAGCCUCUUUAUCUCUCUGGAAUCCUGAAGGUGUCCAUGCCUUCGUCAUGGUUCUACCUGUGGAAAGCAUCAGCGAUAAAGACAAGAAGGAGCUGGAGGUGCUCCAGGAAAUCUUCGGCUCUCAGUUCAAGGCCUUCACCGUCAUUCUUUUUGCUGUGGAGUCAGACCCAGCAGAUGCAGAGGUGGUUAGCUCCAUGACAGAAAACAAGAAGAUCCAGGAGCUCCGUCAGAGCUGGCCGGGUCAGUACAUGGUCUUCAACGUCAAAGACAAGCAGCAGGUUUCUGGUUUACUCAGCCUCGUGGAGAAGAUUUCGGCUGUGGGAUCUCAGUCAUUUAGAAGAGAAAUGAUGAUAAAACCACGAACAAUUCAAAAACAAGACAUCCAGAUGACAACGACUGAUGGAAAACUGAAGCCUGAACCUCUGAGGAUAGUGAUGGUUGGGAAGACCGGCUGCGGGAAGAGCGCAACUGGAAACACGAUUUUGGGGAAAAACUGUUUUAACUCCAAACCUAGUAUGAAAUCUGUGACCACCCUCUGUAAAAAACAGAGUGCGGAGGUCGACGGGAGGAUGGUUUCUGUGGUUGACACGCCUGGUCUGUACGACACCAAUCUGUCCAACGAUGAAGUGAAGCAAGAGAUGGUGAAGUGCAUCAGCCUGAUGGCUCCUGGACCUCAUGUCUUCCUGCUGGUGGUGCAGGUCGGUCGCUUCACGCAGGAAGAAAGAGACACCGUGGAUCUUAUUAGAGAGUUCUUCGGCAAGAACUCAGUCCAUUUUAUCAUCCUGGUUUUCACCAGAGGAGAUGAUCUUCAGGAUCAAACAAUUGAGAGCUACAUAGAGGAAGCCAAUGACAAAUUCAUGAAGGAGCUGAUUGAAUCCUGUGGAGGACGGUACCACGUUCUCAACAACAAAGAUCAGAAGAACCACCAACAGGUCGCUGCACUUCUGAAUAAGAUCGACACAAUGGUGAAGAAAAACGGUGCCAGCUGCUACACAUCAGAAAUGUUCCAGGAGGCCGAGAGAGCCAUCCAAAAGGAGGUGCAGAGGAUCCUGAAGGAAAAGGAGGAGGAGAUGCAGAGAGAGAAGGAGAAACUGCAGAAAGAGUUUGAGAAGGAAAUCGAAGCAAAGAAGAUGAAGAUCCAGGAAGAAAGAACGGAGAAAGAGAAAGCGCUCAGAGAGAAGGAAGAGUACAUCAAACAACAGGAGCAGAAAAAAAAGAAAGAGGAGGAGGAAAGAGAAAAGGAGGAUAAAAAUCAGAAAAUCAAAGAGCAACAUCUGCGGAGAGAGUGGAGCCAAAAACUAAAAUCUCUGGAGGAGAAAAUGAAAUCAGAACUGGAGAGAAAUGCAGUUUCUGACAAAGACAUAAUAACGUAUAAAGAAGAGCUGCAGCAAGAACGGGAAUCCUGGGAAAGAGAACGCAAACAGUGGUGGCAGAAACGAAAAGAAGAAGAGCAACAGAGGCAGGAGCAGGAGAGGGCCCAGCUCCAGAAGCUCAAAGAAGAAUACGACAGAGAAAGAAGUGACUAUGAAAUCAAACGAAGAGAAGAAGACAAAAUCAGAAAAGCUCAGGAGGAGAAGGAACUGAGAGAGACGCAGGAAAGCUACCUGAAAAAAAUGGAGGAGAUCAAGGAGAGAAAUGAAGAGGAGGCCAGGAAGCAAGCUGAGGAGUUUAACGAGUUCAAAGAAAAAUACGUGAAAGACUUUACUGCGCUCAUGGCUAAACAUGACAAAGAGAUCGAGGAACUGAAGGAGAAGGAGCAGAAGAAGAACAAGAUCAUUCUGAAAAACCUUAUCAAGGACAAAACGUACAAGAAGCAGUACGAGCUCCUGAAGAAAAAACAAGAUGAAGAAAAAAGUGACCUCCAGGAAAAACUUUCUCAAGUGGACGAGGAAGCUCGGAAUGAAGCCACAAGUCAACUUCAGGUGAAGCAUGACGAAGAACUCAACGAGUGGAUUGAAAAACAGAUGCAGAGCGCUUCAGACAAGAACUGUACUAUUCUAUGAGAUGUGCUGCUUUUGCUUUUAGCUAACAUUGCUUUCAUUUAAAAUGACACAAUGGAUUAAUCAUGUUUCUGGUUUAACUAUUUUGGUUUGAUUAUAUCAGUUUUCCAUCUAAUGCUCAUUUGAUUUGGAUCUAAAACUUUUUCACUCUGUCUACAUUUGUGUGAACAAUAAUAAAAAACUGCUUUCAAUAAAA